UUCUAAUGGAAAUGAAUUAGCACGCGCGUUCUCUGUGCAACACGACCUUCUUCUCUCCGCGUGUCAACGCAGUGUUUAGCUAGCUCUCACGUGCACUUUUAGUCUUGUUAUUGAUCAGUGAUCAUCAGGUGUAACUGAUAAGUACAAGGUUCGACAGGCUCUGCACAGCAGGAGGAGCCUUGUGGAGGCUCAGGAUGAAGAUCGCGGUGGAGGGCUGCUGCCAUGGCGAGCUGGACAACAUCUAUGAAACCAUCAGCUACCUGGAGCAGAAGGAGGGAGUGAAGGUUGACCUGCUGCUCUGCUGUGGAGACUUCCAAGCAGUGCGGAAUGAGGGCGACCUGAGGUGCAUGGCAGUGCCAGCCAAGUACAGAACCAUGCAGACCUUCUACAAAUACUACUCUGGGGAGAAGAAGGCUCCAGUGCUGACCAUUUUUAUUGGAGGGAACCACGAGGCCUCCAACCAUCUGCAGGAGCUGCCAUAUGGAGGCUGGGUGGCGCCCAAUAUCUACUAUCUGGGUUACGCUGGAGUAGUCCGCUACAGAGGGAUUCGAAUUGGAGGCUUAUCAGGGAUCUUCAAGUCACAUGACUACAGGAGGGGGCACCAUGAGUCUCCAUACAACCCUGAGACGCUGCGAAGCGUUUACCACGUCAGAAACAUUGAAGUCUUCAAACUGAAGCAGAUCCAGAUGCCGGUAGACAUCUUCAUGAGCCACGACUGGCCACGUGGAAUCUACCAUUAUGGAAGCACAGAGGAGCUACUGCACAAGAAGAGGUUUCUCCGUCAGGAAGUCAGCUCCAACACGUUAGGAAGUCCUGCAGCAGAGGAUCUGCUGGCCCAUCUGCAGCCCAGCUAUUGGUUCUCUGCCCACCUGCACGUGAAGUUUGCUGCAGUCAUGCAGCAUGCACCUAAAGGUGGUGCUGCUCCCCGUGUAACCAGAUUCCUGUCUCUGGAUAAGUGUCUGCCCUACAGGGACUUUCUGCAGAUUGUGGAUCUUCCAGACAGACGGAGCUCAUCUGAAGGUCUGGAGUAUGAUCCAGAGUGGUUGGCUAUUCUGAAGGCUACAGACAGUCUCCAGAGGACCAGCCCCCAGCCCUGGAACCCGCCGGAGAACAACGGCUUGCAUGAACGGUGGGACUUCAGAGCCUCAGAGGCGGCCAUGAUGAAGGUGGUUGAGGAACUCAGCGGAGAUCUCGACAUUCCAGACAACUUCAACCGAACUCUUCCCCCCUAUGACCCCGCCCACCCCCAGCCACACGCCCCCCCGGCCUACAGCGCGAACCCUCAGACCACUGAGCUGUGUGCCAGGCUGGGCCUCUCAGACAUCUACAUUCAGGCGGGGCAGGGGGGGGCUGCUGUUUGGGGUGGGGACGAGGAAGACGGCAGCUCUGGGAGCGCAGAGGAGCCCAGCGAGUAUCCCAGUGACUCUUCAGGACUGUCCAGUUCCUUCAACCCGGAUGAGAUCACUCUGGAGGAGGAGUGGGAGGAGGGGGCAGAGGAUGUGGCGGAGUCCAAAGUCCACACCCCCGCUCGAAUGGUUCUGCCCGAGCCCAAAUCAAACGAAUCACCCGUGAACCUGCCACCCCCGUCCCACUCCACCCCCAGGGUUGAUCAGUGUGACGAGGAGGGCACCUUAAAGAGAGCUAGCACUGAGGGUGGGGGCCCUGACAGCCAAGGGCCAACCCCUAGGAUCAAACGCAGGAACCAGGUCAUCUAUGCAGCAGCUGAUGAGGACCAGAGUGGGGGGCAGGACUGAGGUGGGGGGCAAGACCUGCAGUGGACUGUUCUGUAAGUCAAGGGGCAGAAGUCUCUGCUCCAACUCAACUGUUUUUAUACCUUUUCAUGGAGCUCAGCUCCACUUUUUAAACGUCUAUUUUAGUGACAUCAGCUAUAAUAAAGGUGCAAAUCCUGACUGUA